AUGAAAUUUUCACCUAAAAAUUCAAUUUAUGAUUUAACAAAAUUACCUGGAGCCAAUAAUUUUUUUGGAAAUAUUACUAGUCUUUCAACUUAUAAGAUAUUAGAUUCAAUAAUAUUAGAAGGAUUAGCAAAAAUAUGUCAUUCAAUUAAGGAUAUUUAUAUUAAUUGUGAUGAAACAAAUUAUGAAGGUUGGUCAACUUUAUUAAAUUCCCAAAGUAAUUUACUUCAUUUAAAAAUUAGAACAAAAAAUACCAAUAUUCCUUUAAUUAAAAAUGCAUUAAUGAACAAAGUAAAUACAUUAAUUUCUUUAUCACUUAUACCAAUUUGUUUAUCAAUGAACAUUUUUAUAAAUUGUCCGAAUCUUCAUGAAUUGGAAAUAAUGGAAAAUCCAAAUUUCGUACCAAAUAAUGAAUUAUAUCAAUUUUUAUCAGUAAUAUUUCCUAAUCUUGAAUUUUUAUCAAUUAAAUUAUUAAAUUCAUCAAUUUUAUUUCCUUAUUUUUCAACAUUCAUUCAAAAUCAUAGUAAAACUUUAAAAUAUUUGUCAGUCACAUGUUUCCAAAAACAUUUAUUAAUUAAACCGGAUUAUUUAUUAACAUAUAGUACAAUGUUAAUAGAAUUUUGUUCAAAUUUAUUAGAAUAUAUAGGACCAAUUUCAAUUAAACAUAUUUCAUCAUUAUUUGAUCAAUGUUCAAAUUUAUAUAGAAUAAGUUUAUUAAGUAAUGAUCAUUAUAAUAUUAGUAUUUGUUCAGAAUUAGAAGAGAUUGGAAAUUUAUUACCAAAAAAUUUGGUGAAACUUAAGAUUCCAAGUGAAUAUAAAUUUACAGCCAAUUCUUUGGAACGAUUUUUACAAUGUUGUGAAGAUAAAUUGGUAAAAGAAUUGGAAUUGGAUAUUUCAAGAUAUUCUCUUGACUUACAAAUUAUUCUUGAGAAAUAUAGGAUGAAAGGUGUUUUGAAUAAAAUUUGGACAAAUAGUUCGCAACAGUUAAGUUAUUAUAAAAGGAGUCGUUAUGUUCAAUUGGUAAUGGGACCUGCUGGUUCCGGAAAGUCUACCUAUUGCGCUACAUUAAUGACGCAUUGUCAAAAUAUUGGACGAACAGUACAUUUAAUGAAUCUUGACCCAGCAGCAGAAAAAUUUGAAUAUGAUCCAUCAAUAGAUAUUCGAGAUCUUAUCACAUUAGAAGAUGUUAUGGAUGAAUUACAGUAUGGACCUAAUGGUGAUUGGUUAGAAGAUGAAUUAGGAGAAUAUGAAAAUGAUUAUUUGAUCAUUGAUUGUCAAAUAGAACUUUACACACAUUUCCCAAUAAUGCGUCGUAUUUGUGAAUGUUUACAACGAUUAAAUUUUCGUAUUUGUGGAGUAUAUUUAUUAGAAAGUCAAUUUAUAGUGGAUAAAGCAAAAUAUUUUGCUGGGGUAUUAAGUGCGACUUCUGCUAUGAUUAGUUUAGAAAUCCCUCACAUAAAUGUAUUAUCUAAAAUGGAUUUAUUGGAACCGAUUAAAAAGAAAGAAUUGAAAAGAUAUUAUGAUCCAGAUCCAACAUUAUUAGAAGAAGAAGCGAAUGCAUCCAUGAAUUCAAAAUUUCAUAAUUUGAAUCGUGCAAUUGUACAAUUAAUAGAAGAUUAUAAUAUGGUUAGUUUUAUUCCACUAAAUAUCAAUAAUGAAGAUUCUAUAACAGCAGUACUAUCACAUAUUGAUAAUGCAAUACAAUAUGGUGAAGAUCAAGAACCUAAAGAACCAAAGGAUGAAAUUGAAGAUUUUGAGGAUUUUGAAGGAUAUUAA